AUGAAGUGCAUUUAUCCAUUACUGGAAGAAAGCAGCCCCUACAUCCCAAAGCUGGAGAAAAUCAUUGGUCGAUUUCGGAAAGCUCUCCUGAACAUCGAAAUCCAGCAUACAUUCCACAAGAUCAAAGUGAUAACACAAACCAUGAAUCAAGCUCGACACAACAUCGAAACAACUACCAAUCCGUCUCUAUCGGUAGAAUUCAUCGACACACAGCGCAGAGCAUAUGCAACCCGAAAAGCACAUGCUGAAAGGGUUACACGAAGAAAGCUCGAUCGUCUACUCAAUAUAGGCCACCCACCACACGACUCCCUCCCGACGCUAAAUGAAAGAGCAAUACUCAACGCAACUGAUGUAGCCAUACCUACGGAAGUAGAAACUCUACUCAGCCUGGGUCCGAAAUUCGCACUCCCGGUGCAUCUACCAAAACCAAAUACCGUGUACCACCUCAUCGCAGACGUGGAAUCAAUCUUGCGUACGAAUCCGGAUCGAGAAGUACAAGAUCGGAACCGAUGCUUGGUGGGAACUCGAAUACAAAACUACCUAGUACGUCCACAACAGCAAAGAACGCCGCUUGACAGAUUUGCUACCAAUGCGUCGCGUGCAACCAGUAAGUUUCUUGCUGAAAACCCACAGCUUUGUGUCCUAGAAUCUGAUAAAGGCAAAAGAAUGGUGAUAAUGCUUGUCCAGGAGUACGAUGACAAAAUGCUCGCGCUUCUUAACGACUCUGCAUACAAGGUUCUACAAAACGACCCCACUGCUAGUCUUCAGAAGAAAACGAACAACAUGGCAAAACGGCUGGCCGAUCUAAAGCUGAUUGACCGAUCCACGCUCGGCAGAUUGCAAACCCAAUCAGCAACCUGCCCCCGCAUAUAUGGACAACCGAAGGCGCAUAAACCAAACCUGCCGUUGCGUCCCGUUGUGCCUAACAUCACGGCCCCCACGUACCAGUUGUCGAAAUUCAUCGCUCACAUUUUACAAACCACCUUCACCAGCCAGUACAACGUCAAGGACAGCUUUACAUUCGCCCAGGAAAUCAACGCAAUCACCAUACCGUCCGAGCAUGUCCUCGUCUCUUUUGACGUGGUCUCCCUAUUCACCAACAUUCCGAAGAACCUCAUCAUUCGCAGUAUCAUUUUUCGAUAG